CAAAAUGUGCACCUUCUCAAUUCUCCUAGCUCUCUCCAUCACCAUCCUCCUACAUUUGGCGCAAUGUCACAUCAUUGAUGAGCGCACUUACCUCGAUCUGGUCGAGCUUGAGCUCGACCAGAAAGCUUUAAAGCAGAAGCAAAGCCGCUUCCGUGUCUAUUGGCACGACAUCCCAAGCGGGAACCCCCCUUCAUCAAUGCCCAUAGUGAAGCCCGUUACUAAAACACAUAAAACUUACAAAAUGGGCUUCGGGCAAGUCAACAUGAUGGACAACCCGCUAACCCUAGGGCCCGAACUGAGCUCAAAGGCCGUGGGAAAAGCCCAAGGGUUCUACGGGAUGGCUUCACAAGAGGAGGUUGGGCUAUUGAUGGCUAUGAACUUCUUCCUCACAACCGGGAAGUAUAAUGGAAGCUCAAUUACUAUUUUGGGAAGGAAUGUUGUGUUUGAUCACGUGAGAGAAAUGCCUGUCUUUGGCGGCUCCGGGCUUUAUCGGUGGGCCCGUGGCUAUGUGCAGGCCCAAACCCAUGAUCUUGAUCCUAAGAGUGGGGAUGCCACGGUUGAGUACACUAUUUAUGUGAUGCAUUAUUGA